UACAGACUAAUAACGCCUCCUAAUAUCGAUGACAGUCGUGCUGCGUUAAUUUCUAGGAGGAGAAAAUUGACCAAUUGCACCAGGAUGAGCGAGGAAUUCAAACUGCCCAAGCGUUCCAGGAAGCGCACCCGUGAGGUGAAGCGCAAAGCCCGCCCGGAGCUGGACGGAGAGAAUGCCUGGGUGGCAAUGAGAUAUAGCGAAAAUUUCGAGCCGUUCUGGGACUUUACCGACAACUUGGAGCGGAUCGAGGAGUCGGAGGUGCCGGAAGCAGAGUUCAUCGAGCGCUUCGAGAGGCCAUACAAGCCGGUGGUUAUACGCGGCUGCACUGAUGGCUGGUUGGCGCUGGAGAAAUGGACACUGGCUCGACUGGCCAAGAAGUAUCGCAACCAGAAAUUCAAGUGCGGAGAAGACAACGAGGGCUACAGCGUCAAGAUGAAGAUGAAGUACUACGUGGAGUAUAUGCAGGGUACUCGCGAUGACAGCCCGCUGUACAUUUUCGAUAGCAGUUUUGGCGAACACCAUAGGCGGCGUAAGCUUCUAGAUGACUAUGUGGUUCCCAGGUACUUCCGCGACGACCUCUUCCAGUACUGCGGCGAGAAUCGCCGUCCACCGUACAGGUGGUUCGUCAUGGGACCGGCACGUUCCGGCACUGGGAUCCAUAUCGAUCCCCUUGGCACCAGUGCGUGGAACACGCUCAUCCGUGGCCAUAAACGUUGGUGCCUGUUCCCCACUCAAACGCCCAAGGAACUGCUUAAAGUCACCAGUGCCAUGGGUGGCAAGCAACGAGACGAAGCCAUAACCUGGUUUAGCACUAUAUAUCCGCGUACCCAGCUGCCCAGUUGGCCGGAGCAGUACCGGCCCAUUGAAGUGCUUCAGGGAGAAGGUGAGACUGUAUUCGUGCCCGGCGGUUGGUGGCACGUGGUGCUUAACCUGGACGACACGAUUGCCAUUACCCAGAACUUUAGUUCGCAGACGAACUUUCCCUGCGUAUGGCACAAGACUGUUCGCGGGCGACCCAAAUUGUCGCGCAAGUGGCUGCGCGUGCUGCGUGAACAACGACCAGAGCUGGCCCAGAUCGCCGAUAGUAUUAACCUGAACGAGAGCACUGGAUUCGCUUCGGACAGCUCCAGUAACUCAAGCUCCUCCUCCUCGAGCAGUUCCUCUUCGUCGUCGGAGGAGAGUGAUGAUGGCGGUGAUUCCAACACGGACAGCGGCCAGGAGAGCCUGACAGCUAAGAAGAAAAAGAAGCGACGCAUGGCGGGAGGAGGUUCGGGAUCCGGUUCCAUGGGUGGAUCAUCGCGCUCCUGAUGCAGGGAGCGGGCCAAGCGCAAAGGCUUGCUCAUGCGCCUCUUUCAACGGCAGCUGAUGCUGCUACGACGGCUGCCUCGUUGCCGUAGGAGUUAGCACUUUGGUUACCACCAUCAUCAUCUGCAGCCCGGCCGUUCCAGAGUUUUGUAAUAUUUUUCUACCUAGACAAGCAUGUUUGCAGUUCUUUGAUUCCAUGCUCGCCCUCCCGUAAGCCUGCUCCCUAAUUUCAACAGAUGCUCCAACGUGACUCAUUAGCGUAAAACUUAAUUGCAGAAAUAAAAAGUCCAAUAUAUUUGUA